AUGGAAUUCUCGCCCGAGAUCCCCCAACCCAUCCGAACUUCCGCAGAGACUCGCACACUACAAGUCGACUUCUCAUGGAAGAAACUCGGAGCUCUUAUUAGCGAAUACAACAACCCACAAUCUGACCCGAUCUACAUUGUUGACUUGAAACGGCUCAAGGCGCCACACCUUAUCUUCAAAUCAGCAAGCGAUGACUCCGCCAUCGGGACCGGCACUCUCCACGCCAUCUCUAUAGACGCCGACUACGAAGUGCACGCCCAAAAAGGCAGCCUAAAAGCUCGAAAGCGUUUCAGAACCGAGUACACCUACCUCUCACGUGCGUUCUCUGACAACGACUCUCCUGUAACCAUGACAUGGACCGGCAGCUGCGGCUUGAGGACAUGGGACUUCGUCUGUGUGGACGAGCAGCAGCUGCCAGUGGCAAAGUUUACAGCCUAUCUAUGGGCCAUGAAGCAGAUGGGCAAGAUUGAGUUCCUGGGUCCACACGCCGACAGCGACGCGGUGAGAGACGAGAUUGUGGUCACGGGGCUGACGCUGUUAUAUUGUAUGCUGCUACGUACGAAUAGCAUUUUGUCCUUCUUUGGUGCUGUAUUCUCCCGACCAGGGCACGAUAAAGGUGUAAGACCUGAAUCACAGCAGUUCUUGGGGGAUAAUGAUCGGGCAAAUGCACAAGCCAACCUGAUAGGGCGUUCAAGUGAAACGCAAGAUAUCGGAUGA